AUGCUCGGCCUCACGAUACAAACAGACGCGAUCUCGCCGCGCACAUCGAAUGCGCCGGCGCCGGCGCCAUCUACGUCUGCGGCUGCUGCGCAGCAGACCCCUCCGCGAUCCUCUCGCUCCUCCUCCCCCGCCCGGCCCCCCAUCAGCCCCAUAACCCCGACCCUGCCCCCGGCCCGUCUGCCGGACCCUCCCGCCCCUUUCGCUGCCGACCGCCCAGUACUCACCCACUCUUCCCAGCCGUCCACCGCUGCCGCCAUCCCCCCUCCGCGUCCCGAGCCCAUCGAUUUUGAUUCCAGUCCCGAUGUUCUCGCCCUCAAGUCAGCCAUCUCCAUCCUCCAGAUGCAAUCCAAAAAGGCCGCCGCCGAUAUCCAAGGGCUCAACGCCGCAAAGAACGCCGCCGUAGAUAACCCAUCAGCUUUCCUCGCCGACCUCGGCGCAGGCAAAGUGCACACACAAGGCGACAAGCUGUUUGCCGAGUCCGACUCAGACUCGGACGACGAGACAGAGAGCAAGGCAGACGGGAGUGCCGCGCAAGGCAAGGCGAAGGAACUACCACAGCCGUGGGAGUCUCUCCCCAAACCCCAGAACGUGGUGCGCUGUCCACCCAUCAACUGGUCGCAGUAUGCCGUCGUCGGCGAGUCACUCGACAAGAUACACGCGGACCAACUGGCCAGACCAAGCCAAGGCGCUCCGGCAACGUUGGGACCCAGCGGGACAUACGAGUUCAAGGGAGAGCCUGGAGGUAACCAGAGACCCUUCAUCGGUGUCGCGGCCCCUUACACACCUGGGAAGGACAGGAUCGAGAAGAAGGCAAGGGGAGGCAAGCGAUAA